UCUAAGACCGUCAGUGCCAUCAGUGCUUAUUUUCAAAAGUAAACAAUUCCAAGGGUGUCAUAUUAAAUUUAAUAUUCUUUUGUAUAAAGAAAGUCAAAAAAUAUUAAAAUAUGAAUGUAUCCUAUGGUCUUUUCGAAAUUAUAAUUGCUUUCAAUUUGGUACCACUUGUAUUCAUAUUUUUGUGGUCAUUAAUAGUGGGAGAUUUUAAGAACUUUCGGAUAAGUCGUAAAACAUGCACGGAAUUCACCGCUCAAGAUCCCGUAAAUUGUUACCAAAAUUUUCCAGAUAAAAAACUACAAAAACCUUGCGUAGACGAGACUUGGACUUGUAAGCAAAAAACUAAUUAAUUACUAUAUUAAUAUAUAGUUGUAAUGUGACACUUAUCGU